AUGAAUGCGUUAAGAGUUUUGAGGCCUGUUGCCUCCCAAUUCAGAGCUUCAACCGGAGCUCUACCAGUUAUUACUCGGACGUAUUCAACUCCUUCAUCACAAGAAUAUCAGUUCCUCCAAAUAUCAGAACCCCGACCGGGAGUGGGUCAAAUAACGCUCAACCGCCCGAAAGCUCUCAAUGCCCUCUCCACGCCAUUAAUAACCGAACUCAACACCGCCCUGAAAGCGUUCGACAAAUCUUCCUCAAUAUCCGCGAUCCUCCUGACCGGCUCAGAGCGAGCCUUCGCAGCCGGCGCUGACAUAAAAGAAAUGGCACCACUGACAUUCUCAGAAGCCUACACAACCUCCUUCAUAGAAUCGUGGUCCACGCUCACCACCACCAUAAAAAAACCUAUAAUAGCUGCCGUCUCAGGCCACGCCUUAGGAGGCGGUUGCGAACUGGCUUUAAUGUGCGACAUUCUAUACUGCACCGAGACUGCGAACUUUGGACAGCCAGAGAUUAAGCUCGGGACAAUACCGGGAGCAGGAGGAAGUCAACGGCUGACGAGAGCCAUUGGGAAAGCGAGGGCGAUGGAGUUGAUUUUGACGGGAAAGAACUUUUCGGGGAAGGAAGCAGGCGAGUGGGGAGUCGCUGCGCGGACCUUCAAGGAUUGGGAUGCCUUGAUUGAAGGCAGUCUGAAGACCGCGGAGACUAUUGCUGGGUAUAGUAAGGUAAGUGUUAUGGCGGCGAAGGAGGUGGUGAACAAGAGCCAGGAUUUACCAUUGAGAGACGGUGUUGAGUAUGAGCGACGUGUCUUCCACAGCUUGUUCGGCAGCGAAGAUCAGAAGAUCGGGAUGAAGGCCUUCGCAGAGAAGAAGAAGGCGGAAUGGACACAUAAGUAG